CUAAUGAUCAUGAAUUACACUCUACCUGACACUGAAUUUAUUACCUUCUCAACCUCAUUAGGCUUCCAUCCAACACGUCUCCCUUUUGAUUUUCUGGAAACCAGGGCAUAUGACAAAGCAGCUAUCAAAUGUAAUGGAAGGGAAGCAGUCACCAACUUUGAGCCGAGUACCUAUGAAGGGGAACUGAUUCCUGAAGCCAAUCAUGAAGGUGACAAUCACAAUCUUGAUCUCAAUCUGGGGAUGUCCACCUCUUCAUUUGGCACUUGUCAGAAGGAAAGUGAGGGGCGUAUCCAGUUCCACCCUGGCCCCUAUGAUGUGCACAAUAGAAAGCUUCUGGGGAUAGAGAACCAUAGUAGUGCAACACUGGGCGAUCCACCUUUCAAAGGACUCUUAAUGACAUCAGAGCAACCUCUACUGUUAAGUGGUGUAUACCCUAGUUUCUUUCCCAAUGAGGAAAGGGCUACAGACAAGAGAAUUGCACUAGGUUCUUCUCAAGGACAUCCCGCAUGGCAAAUGCAUGGCCAGGUUACUGCAACCCCGGUGCCUCUGUUCUCUACUGCAGCAUCAUCAGGAUUCUCAUUUUCAACCGCCCCUCCCUCCGCUGCCAUACUUUCAUCAAAACCACUAAACCCGGCAGCCCACAAUCUCUGUUUUACUUCUCCAGCCACUGGCACCAAUUCCCCACAAUACUAUUACCAGGUGAAGCCUCCACAGGCACCACCCUAGGAUGAGGCUUGAGCUAAUUCCCUUCCCCUCAAAGUUGAAGGCGAUCUCUUAAAACUACUAGCCCUUGGUCCCUUCUAUUCUUUGUAUUAUUCAAAUAGUGAUUGCUCUUACACUAUCACCGAUUGGAUCUGGCUUUAUGUUAAACCAAUCAUCAUACUCUGCUGCUAUCUACUACUACUACUACUACAGCUACUCUGUUGGAUGUAUCUUGGUGCUUAAAAGGCAUUGACUAACUUGGGUUUUCUUCCCUAUAUAUUUGUAAUGUUCUUUUGGAUAUGAUUUGUCAAAAUUGUUCUUGAAUUAGCUA